UCCAGGAAGGACCUUCCCCUGUUGCCUAAGAUCAAUCAAUUUCACACGAAUUUUCAAGUGGUAACGCAAUAAUACUUUGUUCUCAGUGAGGUGAUGUUUAAAACCAGUCAAUGACAGGUGGUUUUCGACUGUAAAUUAUAUCAUGAGAACCAUGGCUAUGGAUUGUUGUUGCUUCAGAGAAAAUAACACGCUCGUCUCAUAAAAAUAUGUGAGGAAGUAAGGCCGGUGGUAGGAUGGGAGCAGCCCUAGUCAGUCCUACGCUCUGUCUGUGGUUCAUGGUGUGGGGAGUGACAGUGACUGGGCUGCGCGACGUGCAGGUCAAGGUGCCAGAGGCCGUGCGCCGCGGAGAAUCUGCCCGCCUCCACUGCCACUACGAUCUGGAGGGCGAUGCUCUAUAUUCCGUCAAGUGGUACAUAGGAAGACGAGAGUUCUACCGCUUUACACCUCGUGAGCGUCCUCAACUCAAGGUCUUCCCCAUCCAGGGUUUAUCUGACCUCGUCGUGCAGAGGAACUGCUCCAACGCAACCCAGCUCUGCCUCCACAAGGUCAGUCUGGCGCUAUCUGGAAGGUACAGCUGCGAGGUGUCAGCAGAUAGCCCAUCCUUCAAGACUGCCCAAGUGUCCGGGUAUAUGGAUGUCGUUGUCACGCCCACUCACAGGCCGGAGCUGAGGGGUAUGAAACCUAGGUAUAGGGUGGGAGACAAACUGUCGGCCAGCUGCAUUUCCAGGCAUUCCAGGCCUCCAGCCAAUCUUACCUGGAGUAUCAAUGGAAGUCCACUGAAGAACAAGACUGUGAUAGAGGUGAGGUCCCUGCACGAGCCUGAGACAGGUCUGCAGACUGCUCUCUCCUCUAUUGUGGUGGUGUUACAUCGGGACCACUUCACGGAGAGCGGCAGACUGAAAGUGCGCUGUACAGCCAGCAUGUACACUCUAUACUGGCAAAUCACGGAGAACUCGGCGGAACAGGAAAGACCUCGGGCUGCCGUCGUGGCUGCCAGCAAUGCUGUCGACACUCGCGCUGUCUGGCGAGCGGAGGAGAAACUUGCCGACAAAGUCACUGCGGAGGAAUCCUGCUCCUUCGUUAUCAGUCCUGCGUUGUCACUGGUUCUGUUCUCCUUCAUAAUCCUGUUCAUUCUGUCAAAAUCGAAUUCUUAUAGAUAAACUUUGCUUAUAUUAAAUAUAUUUUAUGGAUUCUAUGUAUGUAAUUAAUAAACUAUUAAUAACGGAAUUUAUUGGGAAUUGUUGCAAUCGCAGUGAAUUUAGAACUAAUUUGUUUAAAAUUUAACAAUUAGGGUUUGGUACUACGGUUUAGGUACUUUCAUGGUUGGUAUUAGCAUUGAUGUUGAAGUAAAAUUUGCAUUUUAUCCGAGAGGACAUAAAUUUGAAAAAUAAUAGUUAACAGUGUCAAGGGAAUGUCUCUCGUAUGGAAAAUGAUUAAAUCUGAUAACUACUGCAGUAUAAUUUUGUAAUAAAGUGUACUUGUUUGUUCUGUCGUUCUACUUAAAAUAGUCUGGGCAGAGUAGAGCAUAUCGGUAUAUAAAGUGGAUAAAAGCAGAAGUUACACAAUGAUGUUUUAUGCAAUGCUCAAACAAUUCACAUGUUUCAAAUGAAAUAAAUACAGUUAAAACAUUAAUAGAAUAUGUUAUGGUACAUACCAUUUAAAAAUCUAAAUAUUUAUGUUAAAUUCAUGUAAUUAGUUAUUCAAAUGUGUAUGUUAUGUUUAGUGUAUAUUUGUACUAUAAAGAAUAUAUAUUUCUAUGAAAUGUUCAAUGUAGCUUAAAUAAAUCUCAAACUUCGGUGCUUCCCACCAUUGUGUACAUAGUCUACCAGAAUCUACACUGUUGUACAUUCAAUCUUGUAAAUAAAUAUUUGGUGCU